CCGUCGUUUUCAUGCCUCUCUGUGCAUCGUCGUUUCCUGACUGCCUGUGUGAUUUUAUGAUUUAUUAGUGAAUUUUUGAUGUAAUAAACGGUUUUUGUUUCGUGCGGGUUGUUGCAAAAGUUGUCGGAAAUAUUCUGUGUAUUUUAGUACCUCCGGAUCAAAUGGAUCGGCUGGGGUAAAAGUGGUGCGAAGAAGUCAGAAGAUUGAAAAUUGUGGCGUUAUCCUGUUGAAGGACGACGGGCAUUUUUUUUGUUUGGUUUGAUCCGGUUCCAUCCACCAGCAGAGGAGGAUGACGAUGGAACUAUCGAUAAUAGCCCAGUUCGAUGAGCUGCGGCGUUGUUCGGAUGUUUUGCGGGAAGGAACUGCCGAAAUGGAAUUUUUGAAAUUCGUACAGCUACAGGACGAGUGUCGGCUGCAGUGGCUGAAGGCGGUGCAGGAAGCGCAACGACUGCAACGGGAGCUGGAUAAUGCGCUGCGGGGAAUGUCCGAUUUGGAAUCGAAGUUGUUUCAUGCUCGCAAACUACUGGAGGAGGAGAAUAAAGCACGUCGACAUGCGGAACAUGAACGGGAAGCUGUGGAAAAGAAGAUGAUCGCGGUUUGCGAUAUCGUUCGGAAUGAGCGGGAUAUCAAGGAUGAGACGAGGGAGCGGUUAGCUUUUAUGAACGCUUAUUCAUACAAACGGAAGUCAACUCACAAUCGAAGCGAUAAGUAUGGCAACAACGACAUCAAUUCAACGGGUUCAUUCCUGUCGGAUCUUUCGCUAACGCAAUCGGAAGAUGACUUCCUUAAUUCGAAAGUAUCGCGUCACUCCGGGCUGCGACCGCUUCGGCCUUCGAACAAUGCGUCCGGUGCGGUUUAUGUUGGAAACAAACGGACCCGGCUCAGUCACGAUGCCUCAAAGAGGAAGAGUGUCAACCAGAACCAGGUUCAGGAAUCCAAGAAGGUGAUCGAACUGGAUACAAAUGAAAAGAUCAUAGCGCAUACCAAGGUGUCCGUCCCGCAGGACGAUGGUCCAAUUCUGGCUGAGUCAAUUAUUCAAGCAGUGCCUUCGCACCAGUCCACAUUCGACCUUUUAUCCAAACCCUCGAUUCUUCAAAAGGCAACACCCAAGAAAAAUUCCGGUGCGAAGGAGAAUAUCUCCCCUAACGAGUUCAAAACGCCUACAAACACGGAGAAGAAAUUCUCAAAAAUGAAUUUAUACACACCAUCAGCGCCUCCAAUCGAGGAAGUCGAAUCCGGCUACAAAAGUAACGUGAUGACUCCCACCGUUAAACGCAGUAUUAUGAGGCAGCACGCAUUCACCGGAAAGAUGCAUGCCUUCCUGAAGUCAGAAACCUGCGCUCAGUGUCAGCAGAGAAUCCGUUUUGGUUCUGCUGGCCUGCGCUGCCGGGAAUGUAAGGUGGUUGUCCAUGCGGACUGCCGCGAUCAGCUGUCAAUUCCGUGCGUUCCCCAAAGUGGAGGAACGCCCGGAUCCAAGGGCAAAUUCACCGGUUGCCUGGCGGACUACACACCUAACAUCGGACCAAUGAUUCCAGGCCUGAUUGUGCAUUGUGUGAAUGAAAUCGAAACACGCGGACUGACCGAGGUUGGCAUCUAUCGGAUUCCCGGUUCCGAAAGGGAAGUUCGUGCACUGAAGGAAAAAUUCAUCAGCGGUAAAACCGUUCCCAACUUGAGUUCAGUUGACAUCAACGUACUGUGCGGAUGUGUGAAAGACUUUUUGCGAUCCUUGCGGGAGCCACUGAUACCGACGGCCCUGUGGAAUACCUUUUCCAAUGCGGUGCAAGCAAUUUCCACCAAGCAAAAGCAGAAGGAACUGUACGAUGCUAUUAUGAGUUUGCCUCAGUCGAACCGCGAUACGCUGGCCUAUCUGAUACAGCACUUCCAGCGAAUCGCCGAAUGCAAAGAGGUAAUGAUGCCACUGGACAAUCUGGCGCGAGUGUUUGCUCCGACAAUCGUAGGCUACUCGAGCGAAAACCUGGACUCACAUGCAACUUUUGCCGAAACGGUUAUCCAGUUCAAUGUCCUGGAUAGCUUACUCAACAUUCCAACCGACUACUGGUCCCAAUUUGUGAACGUUGAUCCGGAAACCGAACGCGACGAGGACCUUCAGCAAAGGUCGUACGCUACGUUGAACGCCAAGAGCUAUAUGGGCACUCCUCUACUGAAAAGUGGACGAAAGGAACGGAAAUUCUACGCUACACCUCCCUAUCCGUCGAAGAAAAAAUGAAAGAACCUGCUGGGUACAAAAACACUGCCACGAUCCGGUACUUAUGUGGUUAACGCGCGUAAAUGAUAAUAUCCUGUUCUGUUUUAAAAUGUGCUCUCUUUCGCUACCACAAACCACGAUUAUCAAUUAACUAAUCGCUACGUACAGUACUCGUGUAUUAAUAUAAACAAUGAGGUUUGUGAAAAAUACCUUGCUUCAUUUGAUUUUUUAAUCGAUCCAUGCACGCUUUUAUGAUGGCUGAUUUUAUCUGAAAAUUUCUUAGCCUCAACUUGUUUCGUUUUUUUAUGAUGAAAGAAUAUUUUUAG